CACUGGCCAUUCCAAUGGUCAAGUUAUGCACGAUCCACACUCUCUAUAAAUCCCCAAGCCUUCAUCUUUUCUGAGAGAAUUCUGCACCAAUCCCUCUCUCCUCUACAGCUUGCCUUUGGAGUAACGAAGUUCUCAGAGAGAACAGUUCCUCUGUGUGGGUUUCUCUUGAUCUUUUCCUUGUUGCAUUUGCUUUGAGGUACACAAAACAUUCUGUUUCUUGUGUCUGGUGAAAGGGAUGAGUAAGAAAGAAGACAUCAAGUUCCUAAAGAUACAGACAUGCAUUCUCAAAGUCAGCAUACACUGUAAUGGAUGCAAGAAGAAGGUCAAGAACCUGCUCCAGAAAGUUGAUGGAGUGUAUACAACCAGCAUAGAUGCAGAGCAAGGGAGGGUGACCGUCGUCUCAGGUGAUGUUGAUCCUGCCACCCUCAUCAAGAAGCUCUCCAAGGCUGGCAAACAUGCGGAGCUGUUGGUUCCCAAAAAUGGCAACAUCAUCAUCAACCAGGGCCAGAAGCCACAGCCACGACAUGGCUAAGCGCAGCAGCAGGACAACGGGAAGCAACCAAAGGGUGGAAACGGUGGUGGUGGUGGUGGGAAAGACCGAAAAGGUCAGCACCCAAAACCAACACAACAGCUGCUUCAACAACUGCAGCAAAUGAAGGGGGCCAAAGACCUGCAGCUGCCGCAGCUGAAGGACUUGAAUCUCCCACCCGAGAAGUAUCCCAAAUCUACCUUUCCUCCCAGAGGCUUCGAUGACUACGACGACGAAGACGAUCUUGACGAUGAGUUUGGCGGUGAGGACGACGAGACGGACGAGUUUGACUGCUUCGACGCCGAAUUCGAUGGUGACUUGGAGAACAUCAAGAUCAAGCCCGCGGUCGCGGCGUCCAAAGGCAACGUCAUGAGCAAUAAGAAGGGUGGCGGUGGCAGCGGUGCCGAGAAAGGUGAAGUGCCAGUGCAGAACAAAGGCAACGCCAUGCAAGGGAAUGACGCUGGCGGAGGUGGUAGAAAAGGUGGUGGUGGUGGAUCUGCCACCAAGCAUGGUCGGAAGAACAAUGGCGCUAACAAUGGGAACACAAAUGUCAACAGUAAUCCAAGCAAAGGUCAUGGCAAGAAAGAAACGGGUGGUGGGGGUCAUCAUCCCAUGCUCAGCCGUGGCAUGAUGGGAAACAUCCCGGCGGCGGCAGCAGUGGUGCAAGGACUGCCGGCGGGAGUUCCACAGUCUGGGUACUACCACCAAACGAUGGCGCCGCCGCAGCCGCCCGAGGUGGUCGCCACCGCCAACCCGUACCAGCAGCAGUACAUGGCUGCCAUGAUGCAGAAGCCACAACAGCAGAGGAUGAUGAUGAUGAUGAUGAUGAACGGGCAGGACAGCGUCUUGCAGCCGGCGGUGGGCUACGCUCGGCCGCCGUUGCCGAUGUACAACGUGCCGCCACCCCCGCCGUCGUUGCUGCCGCACCAGAGCGACCCCUACACCACCUUGUUCAGCGAUGAGAACACCAGCAGCAGCUGCUCGAUCAUGUGAUAAGCGUUAAUCGACCUUCAACCUCUUGCGCUUGCUCGAGUUCCCUACAAGAAACAUGGGUGAGAUCUACUACAUAACAUAAUUUUCCUUUUUGUUAUCUGGGAAGCUAAAAGACUAUAAAUGCUGUUGUAUCAAUCAAGGUUGAAAGAGUUGUGUUGCUUUGGAGCUUU